CUUUACUUAGUGGUAAUAGGUAGUUUCAGGUUACUGUGGUAAUCCAUGCAAAACUAAUUGCCUAAUUAAAUGUAAGACAAGUCAGUGCGCUAACACACAUUGCACAAUAUUUGCUAUCAGCUUUUUAAUGACUAUAUGGCAUAUAUUGACAAAAGCAUAUGAAGCACUUUACAGAAGAAAUAUUCUGACCCUAUUUCUACUUCUGCAAAGUUAUAACAAGUAUUAAUAUGACUAAGUGGUGACACUCUCCAGUCUCAUCAGGUUUUAUAGAUUGGGUUGACAUUUUUUCUUCAUGUAUUUUACUAACAUUCUGAGAAAACAGAGAGUUCAAAGAUGAGUCUUCUAAAGAGGAACUUUAAAAAGAGGGAAGCGUCAGUGUAGCUCAGGUCAGAUUUCAGAACUGAUGGAUGUGAAAUGUAAAUCAGAGUUGGAGUGAAGGUUAUGAGGAAGUGGUUAUGUGGCUGUAUGACUUGGCUUGAGUUAGGAGAAUGAUAGGACUGUGAUAAAGAGCACAGAGUGUUGGCAGAAACACAGCCCUGAAGAAGCUCAAGAAGCUCACAACUAAUAUGGAAAGAUGAACGAGGGCAGAAACAAGAUUUGAAGAUGAGCUGAGCCAACAGGCAAGGACGCCUGUAAGAUACCAUUUUGGAGGCCUCUGCCAUAGUGAAUUAUAAACUAGAAGAGAGCUGUGGAAAGUUUGUGAGCCUCUUUGGAAAGGAGACAUAGACCGAAAAUGCCACCAGCAGUAACAGCGCCACAGUACCCACCCCCAGAUGGAGGCUGGGGAUGGGUUGUGGUCUUUGGGGCUUUUAUCUCCAUCGGAUUUUCCUAUGCAUUCCCCAAAGCCAUCACAGUAUUCUUCAAAGAAAUACAGGAAAUCUUCCACACAUCAUAUAGUGAGAUAGCUUGGAUAUCAUCAAUAAUGUUGGCUGUCAUGUAUGCAGGAGGUCCCAUAAGCAGCAUUUUAGUGAAUAAGUAUGGUAGCCGGCCUGUGAUGAUAGCAGGAGGUAUAUUGUGUUCAUUUGGAAUGAUUGCUUCCUCCUUCUGCAAUAGUGUCCUGGAACUUUAUCUAUGUAUUGGCGUUGUUGGAGGUCUGGGUUUAGCAUUCAACUUGCAGCCUGCCUUGACCAUGAUUGGCAAGUAUUUCUAUAAGAAGCGUCCCAUUGCUAAUGGAUUGGCCAUGGCUGGAAGUCCAGUGUUUCUAAGCACAUUGGCACCUCUCAAUCAAUUCCUCUUUAAUGCAUUUGGUUGGAAAGGAAGCUUUCUCAUUCUGGGAGGACUUCUUUUGAACUGCUGUGUGGCAGGAUCACUUAUGAGACCUGUUGGACCUAAAUCUGUUCCUCCUGUGAAAAAAGAUGUUGAGAAAGGCACAGGAGAUUCUGCCUUGCACAGAAACAACAAGAAGUCUUUUUGGCAAGCUGUGAAUAAAUACCUAGAUUUAUCCCUCUUCAAACACAGAGGUUUUCUGAUUUAUUUAUCGGGAAAUGUUAUUAUGUUUAUUGGUUUCUUCGCUCCAAUUGUAUUCCUGGCUCCUUAUGCCAAGCACAAGGGAAUUGAUGAAUAUUCUGCUGCUUUUUUGCUCUCUAUCUUAGCCUUUGUAGAUAUGUUUGCUAGGCCUUCGAUGGGACUUGUAGCAAACUCCAAGUUUAUCCGGCCAAAGAUCCAGUACUUUUUUAGUUUUGCUGUCUUGUACAAUGGUGUUUGUCAUAUCUUGUGCCCUCUGGCAACAAAUUACACUGGCUUGGUGAUAUAUUCUGUAUUUUUUGGGUUUGCGUUUGGAAUGGUUAGCAGUGUUCUUUUUGAGACAUUGAUGGACCUUGUUGGUGCUGCCAGAUUUUCCAGCGCUGUUGGACUUGUCACUAUAGUGGAAUGUUGCCCUGUUCUCCUAGGCCCUCCUCUAGGAGGUUGGUUAGUGGAUGUUACUGGUGAAUAUCAGUACAUGUAUUUUGUCUGCGGAGUGAUUGUGAUUGUGGCCAGUAUCUGGUUGUUCAUUGGCAAUGCCAUUAACUACAGGCUUUUGGCAAGAGAAAAGAAGUUAGAAGAUGAGAAGCAGAAAGCACAGAAGAAUGCUGACCCUAAAGAAGCCGAACCAUUAACAAACAAUGAGAAUGAAGAUGCUUCCAGCAGGGCCAACAAAGCUCUAGAAGAUCCUUCAGAAAGAGAAACCAAUAUUUAAUCUGCAGUAUAGCUCAGAAGUCAACAUUUAUGACUUCCAAUAGAAAUAUUUUUUCAAGAUACAGGCCAAGUUUUGUAGUAACAAUGAUCAGUCACAAUAUUGGAUGGGAACAGAUUUAUGCCCCAUGGCAAGACUCCAAGUUAAAUUACCAUUUGCAGUUUAUUUAUUUAUUUCAGUUAUACAAAAUUGAGGUCACAGAGGUAGUGAUUCCAUGCAAAUGAAUCCAUCCAAACUCUGGACAGAGUCAGGUAAGCCAGAUUAUAAAGCCUUCCAAUGACAGUUUCCUUUCAAAAGAACUUCUAAUGUAAAAGCAUCUCUUAAUCUGAUUUGGGAAUUCACUUUAUGUUCAUCUUUAGAAUAUUAGUAAAAUCUGUUGAAAUAAUCUGCCCACACUAUAUUUACAACUGAUGUUAAAAAAGAAUAUAAACUCAAUGAUUUGUUUCCAAAGAGAUAGAAUUACUAUGUGAAGCACACUGGAAACAUUUUUCCUUUUUGUAUGCCCACUAGAUUAAAAAUAUAUUGUGUCAAUAUGGAUGUGAAAGUUAGGGUUAGAAGGCAAACAGUUGGUAGGCUCUAUAUCUAAAAUGCAGUAAAAGUUGAAUUAAAGUAUAUUCCAGACGUUGUUUCUUCCAGAGAUAGCUGACUACACUGUACUUCACAUUCUGUGUUCAGACCUUACUAAUUGGAACUAAGCUAAAAUCUGCCUGUACAAAAAGGGGUUUUAAAUCAAGAUUUACGUUGCUAAGAAGAGUGACAAUCAGUCUGUUCAGUUUUGUAUUCAUGUUUGGUUGAAGGAACUGCAUUGGUCUGUGAAGCCUUCUUUCUCUAGGGACUUGAUUCAGAAGCCAUUGGUGUUAAAAGGAUAUUUUCCCUUGACUUUUGUGUCCUGAAUGUAUUUCAUGGCAAUUACUCCAAAUCAGGUUUAUUGAUAAGAAGUCAUUAGUUCUUUGACAGUCUGUUGAGGGGAGAUUUAAGGUCUAACUUCAGGUCCUUGCAGACAAGUAACUUCAUACCAGUUCGUACCUGCCUUUCCCACGUACUUAGUGAAAACCCACUUUUUUUUCGCAUUGCAGGUUUGAGCAAAAAUGCUGCAAGGCACGUCAACAGUGCUAGUCUGGGAGCCUUGUAUUGACAUAUCAUUUUUGUGCACAGUAUUUGGUCUUGUGUCUACAAUUCCACACAGAUACUCAUAUUAAAUAUCAAUUAAAAUGUACACUGCUGUUUUUCUUCUUUUAGGCAAAAGAAAACAUAAGUCUGCAAUUUUACUUUACAAAGAAUAUCUAGCAUUGCACUUAAAAGCCAAAAGUGAAAGCUUCUGAAAGUAUUAAAUGAAAAUAUUUUUGUUUUAUUUGUAGGUGAGGAGAGGUGCUAUUCACUUUGGAGAGAUGCAUGUAAAUGCCUCUGAAAUUGUGAAAAUUAAGGGUCUGAUUCAUAAAACAUUUAUGCACUGUUUAUGCAGGAUACAUGCACAUUCAGUUCAGGAAAAUGAAUAUCUCAUUUGAGCCCUCUUUCAAAUCUCAAAAAAGUGUAAAUGUAUGGACAGAAAGCUAUGUUAAACACAUUAUGAAGUGCCAAUAUCAAAAGAAAAAAAUGCAAUCAUAAAGUCCUGCCGGCGUAUGAGUGCUUUUAAGAAAGUCAUAUCCUAAUAGUAGUGUUCAAUAUGAUUAUUAUUAUUUUUUUUUAAAUUUGGUAGUGCUUGCUUCUGUUUUGCUGGGUUAUCACCAUAUAUACGAUGAACUUCUUCUGUAAUAUUGAACCUUUUAAUUACCUUCCACUAUUUUUGGGAAGCAGCAUCAUAAAUCUACUAUCAGCAUAGUACAUAAAUUAAUGCCUACAUUUCACCUAUUUGUCUUCAAGAACACCAAACAAUGUUUAAAAGUCUUGAAUUUUAUAGGAGCAUCGGCAACAAAAUAUGUGCGUUUCAGAGUUUUGGGAGAAAAAUCAUGUUUGAACAGUGAACUGUGAAGGAAGAAUGAUUGGCUUUGUAGUCUUGGUAAAAUUACAGUUUGUCUUCUAGCCCCCUGCUUCAGAGAAGAAAUAAGUACACUGCACCUCUUCCCAAGAUGUAGACCUGCCAGCACCCCAUGAGGUAAAGGCAUUGUUCUCUUUUUCGCUAUACAAAUACACAGGGUUAAUUCCAGAAUCCAUAGGCUGUGAAGGUGCUACAUGCCCAGAGGGAGAAAGAGGUGAGAAGUUUCAUAAACACUCAGCUUUCAUAUUGCUAGGAAUAUCAGUUAAAAAUGCUGGAUUGUGAAAGAUGAGCUAAAACUUUAGCUAAAGAGUAGUCAUCAGGAACAUCACUCUGCUUUUGACAGCAAGUGGUAAAAAGGCAGAGAUUAUUUGAAAAGAGAUGAAUAUAGAGGCUGAACCAAAAUGACUGAGGCAAAACUCUAGGUGCUUAUUAUCUCUUUGCAAAAAACAGCAUGAUUAAAAA